CUAUGACAAAUUUGGGGUUGGUCUUAGUGGUUUUAGUCGGAAACCUUUAGUAGCUGGGGAACUAUCUAGCUACUCGUAUUCAGAGAUCUCAUCUUGAAGCUGUGAAGAAUUCUUGACAAUGAUGGAACUUCUGUUUUUCAACAGCAAGAAAAUGUUUCUCUCGUUCUGCGUUCUCCUCGUUGCUGGAAGCCUUGUACAAGGUUUCCCUACAAGGACAGAAGAAUACCAAAGGAUUCGUUGCACACCAGAAGAUAACGACAUAGGUUGUCUUCAAGAACAAGCAAUUUUUGAUCAAGCCCAAGAAAGUAAUGUAAUUGAUCGCAGUCCAAUAUCCAAGAAGGUCCAGACCUAUGUUCCAUUUUCUGCAGAAGAUCUUGGAUCAGGAAACAGCCCUUAUUCUGGAGAAGACCCUGGGUCUGCAAGUGAAUAUGCUGAAUAUUCUAACGAGAUAAAGAAUUCCAAGCAACAGUUUUAUGAGGAAAAUCUUAUUAUUUAGCUGCAGAUGAACAUCCUACUUAAAGGCAUAUGGAACGGGAAGCUGGAAAUCUUAUUGGUUCCUACUUAUAACUGGCUUCAGUUUUUGUUUUCUUUAAUGUCUGUUUCAAAACAAUUUCAAACCUUUACAGUUGAUUUUAUCUUGUUACAUUAAAAUGUAUGUUUGACUUCCGCUCUA